GAGAAAGAUGGUUGAACAAUUUAAUCAAUCCAGUAAAUCAAAUAGGAUUUCCACUGUUAAUAUAAAAGAAGAGACUUGUUCUCAUCUUAUCCAUCCUUUUGUCUCAAACAUUUUUUUUUAUCACACGAUCAAUCUCUCUAGCACCGAACUUGUGAUGUGAGAAAGAGCUUAGCUUAGAGUAGGGGGACACAGAGAUUGAGGCACAUAAGAAAGUUUAGGACAAGAAGUCAGAGUGACUAUGGCAUAUAAAAGUAUGAUCACAAAGCUCAAUUAUGUAAAAUUUCACCCUUUCCACUUUGAAUAAAGCAGGUCUAAAAACACAUUAUUUAGCCAAAAGAACACAUUUAUGCUUUAAACUUGAAAGCAAUUCUCCCACCAAAGACCUAAAACCCCCUCUUUUUUUCAUCCAAAGGCCUCCAACAUUUCUUCCACUAUAGUGUAAAACACAAUAUAAACCCACCUCCACAACCACAACAUUCCCUGAAAAAAUGGGUUCAACCACCCUGGUUGAGGUAGGCACACGAGGCACUGUGGCAUCACUUGUCAUGAAGGAAAUUGAGUAUUUCAGCAGGCUUGAAUUAGAUCGCCAUGGAAGCUCAAGAAAGCCUCAAGAACAACACAAAAUGGAUGUGGGUUCCAGCAAAGGUACUAGUACGCGGCCUAGUUUCGGUUUCUUGGUCAUGACAUGGAGAAGGAAGAAGAGAAGAGGCAAUGGGCUUCGUCCAAGGAUGUGCUCCGCGGUGGAAGUUGAAGAUAGUCAUGAGUUCAAUGGAAUUCCAGGGUUCCAUUAUAGGAACCUUAAAUCCGAAGUGAAGAAAUAUGAGCCCUAGAUAAAUGCUCUUGUAAAGCUUUCCUAAAACAACAAUGUUACGGACCCAGAAAAUUUAUCUUGUAAGAUACUUAGAAAAAAAAAAGUUGUGAUUGAGAUUUAUUUGAAGUGUAGGUCUUACUAUAUAAGAGUUGAAUGUGAACCCACACAUCACUUUUUUUGAGUAA